CAUUCUAGUCUCGGAUUCCUCAGAUGACAGCGAGAUCUACGAAAAGCAUCCCAAAAAACUCAGACGGCCUGAUCAACAGAACCAACUUUGGAUUCCCACACUGCCACCCCAAGCAGCAGAACACUCAAGUCCAGUGCAACACUCGAUCAGACGAUGUGGCAUCGUUGAGUCCAGUUCAGCACGUCACACCAGGUGCAACACAGCUCCAGGGUCCAGUGUACUACAUCAGUGGAGAUGAUGUGCAGUUCUUAGGUCUAGUUCUUCAUUCCACGCCAGAUACAGCAGAGCAUGGAGGCACAGUGAAUCACUCCAUGCCAGAUGAUGACACUGAAUACUUCAACGUGAUGCAGGAACUCCCAGUUACUAUGACAAACUUCAACAGAGAUUUGGCUGAACCCGAGGACUCAGAUGUGGUCCAUAUUGGACCACAGUCUGAAGAUGGUGUUGAUGACCUUCCUACAACUCUUCCAUGGACAGAAGACCAUUCUGAUGAGACUGGUGCACAACCCUCAGAAGUACCGGAAAUGACAUUGCCGUUGGUCAGCGAGCCUUCAACUGCUGAAGCCAUUUCUCUCCCACCCUCUUCACUUGAGAGACCACAACAUCCCAAAGAGACAAGAUAUGCACACGUUCGCCGAGUUAUGAUUGUGGAAGAUCUUAUGAAUGUUUUCAUGGACACAAAAGUGAUGAAUAUGGAUUUAAAGAUGGAGUUCAAAAAUGAGAUGGCUGUUGACAGCAGUGGGGUUUCAAGAGAGGAAGUCAGUUCUUAA